CCGUUCCUUAAGGCCCUUCUGCUUCUCGACAUCCUCGAGAUCGUGAUCAAAGUCCGCUACAAUGACUUACAGGCAAGUUUACCCAUGCAAAUGCAUGGCCCGCUCUCAGGUAGCAUUCAAGCAGAAUACCGCAAACGAGUCAAUCAGAAUCUCAUCAAUCUUGAUAUCACGCUUCAUCCUCAACCUACGGCAGGUGUCCCUCGGCAGCAUGGGCUUGAAUACGACUUCUCACAGCUCCCAGAACACGCCGGACUUUCCCUCUCGCCUGGUUGGCAACUUUGGCGCCGAGGUCCAGCAUACGUCUCUUGUUUUUGAAAAUGUCGAGGAUAACACUGAGGACGAGCAGAACAUCAGUGGGGACUGUGAGGUCUACGAGUUGGCGCAGGUGCAGUAGUUCGUACAAGCUAUGCGAUCGUUUGGAAUAGCCGACUCUGCUGGUGGCCCGCAUAUGCACCUUGACAUGAUUUUCAAUCGCGAUAGGCGAGCAAAAUGUUAUGCUGAGCUGGAACGAAUUGUGCAUUCAUUAUAGCAUAAAUAGCUAGGGGGAGGUUCGCCAGGCCAAAAGCUGCAUCCCGCUGCCGCGACGCUGAACGUUGUCCGAGACAUAGACAAAAGGCAUGAAUUGGUAGCGGCAGUCAAUCCGUUGGACGUCCCAAAUAAAUUUCACAGCAUAGCAUGCGCCGAUAUUGAGACCAUUGCAGGAAAAGUGUCGCAGUCUC